GCUGAGCUGCUCCGCUCCCUGGCAUGUUCGCUCUCUCGCGCGAGCAAGCAGCGUCGGCGGGGCCGAGGCGCGUCUACGACCGAAACGCUGGGGCCAAGCAUCGGAGGAGGCACUGGCAGCUGCGUCGUCGUUCGUUGUUGUCUGGCAACAGGGCAUCCUCUUGACCCUGCUCUCUGCCCAGCUUAAUAAUAGCCAUGCUCGCUGCGACAGAGAGAACCUCCUUCCAUUCCCACCCUCGAAACGGCCCUACAUCGCCUGCCUGCCUGCCUUGCCACUGAUUGCGGACUCCUCUGCGGGGGUACACGACCUGCAUCCCGCCUCGCACUCGGCCACCCCACCCACAGCCCUCCCCCAUUGCCUGCCUGCCUGCCUGCCUCGCAACUUUUAACCCCUUCCUGAUCAACUCUCGUCCACGCCAUCCACUCCCACCACCACCGCCAGCACCAUGUCGUCCCAGCAGCCACAGGCUAGCUCGAGCAAGAAGGCGCUCACGCUCUGUCUCUUCCAGUCGAUGGCGGGCGUCAUCUUCGGAUGGGGCAACUCGUCUGGUUCGGGCCUGUUCAACAUGCACGCCUACAAGCGCCGCUUUGGAACUGAGCAGCACAACGGCGAGUGGGCUCUGUCCACCAUGCGCCAGUCGUCCUUCACCGGUCUCCUGUGUCUCGGUGCACUUGUCGGAGCCGUCUCCGCCGGUGCCAUCUCGGAAAGGAUCGGCCUCCGUGUCACCUGUAUCGCCUUUAUCGUCCUCCACAUGAUCGGAUCCGCCAUCGAGACCUCUGCCAUCAACUUCAAGCAGGUCUACUGUGCUCGUGUUCUCCUCGGCCUCGGUAUCGGCGCCACGUCGGGCCUCGUGCCAGUGUACCAGGCCGAGGCUGCGCCUCCCCGCUGGCGAGGCCUCGUUACUGGCUCGUACCAGGUGUGCGUGACCCUCGGUAUCUGGGGCGUGGCCAUGUGCUCGUGGGGCAUGAGCCACUACAUGGGCAACGUGUCGUGGGAGCUCACUGUCGGCCUCGCGAUGGCGUACGACCUCGGCCUGCUCAUCGGUUUCUCGCUCCUCCCCGAGUCGCCCCGCUUCCUCGCAAAGAAGGGCAAGUGGGACCAGUGCCGCAAGAACCUCGCCAACUUCCGCUCCCUCCCCAUCGACCAUCCGGCCAUCGAAAACGAAAUGGAGAUCAUCAGGCAGAAGACAGCCGAGGACGCCGCACGCGGUAACCCUACCUGGGCCGAGUGCUUCUCCACCCGCGACCGUAUCCUGUGGCGUGUCAUGAUCGGCGUGUUUGUCCAGGUCGGCCAGCAGCUCACGGGUAUCAACUUCUUCUUCUCGUACGGCCAGCAGUUCGCCGCCACGGCCGGCAUCCACAACCCCUACAUCUUCCAGAUCAUCCUCGCGUCCGUCAACGUCGCCUUUGGCUUUGUCGGCAUGAUCGCCGUCGAGAAGGCUGGUCGUCGCCCAGUCCUCCUCGUCGGCGGCACCUGCAUGUUCAUUGGCCAGAUUGUCGUCGGCUCCGUGUCCAAGGCGCACCCGCACUCCAAGCAGGCCGGCGACGUCCUUAUCGCGUUCACGUGUCUCUUCAUCGCCGCGUUCGCCGCGUCGUGGGGUCCCGUCGCGUGGGUCGUCUGCGGUGAGACCUUCCCCAUCCGCCUCGCCAACCGCUGUGUGACCAUGGGCACCGGUGCCAACUGGCUCAUGUCGCUCGUCAUCGCGUUCGCCGCCCCCCAGAUCCAGAACAAGAUCGGUACCGGCAUCUGCUUUGUGUGGGCUGGCUGCCUCCUCCUCGACCUGCUCUUCUGCUUCUUCUGCAUCCCCGAGACCAAGGGUCUGACGAUCGACGAGAUCGACGCCCUCUACCUCUCCAAAACGCCAGCCUUCCUCUCGUCCAAGUUUGUCGCCAAGCAGCAGGCCGAGCAGGCCCGCAUCGAGGAGAAGCCCCACGCCCAGCAGCGCGAGGUCCAGCCCGCCGCCGGCGCCGAGCCCUCGUCGUCCAACGCCUCGGUCCACACCGUUAUUGGCGAGGGCGCCCCCGCAGCCAAGAAGGAGCGUCGCUCAGAGGAGGUGUAAGCAAGCACACACAAGCAUCACGUCAUAUCCAUCAUACCCCUAAUGAUACCCACCAAUGCAUAAUGUACAUGGCGACGUCACUCUUCGCUUGUCUGGGGCAGGGCCUUGCCCUGGGGCUGGGGCUCCCGCACCAAGAACCGGAACGUGUAGCUGCCCCACUUCUUGCCCUCGUGUGCCUUUGUCGCGUACGCGUCCAGGUCGACAGUGACGGCGUUGACGACCUUGUAGCCGUGCUUUUCGAACGCGCGCACGCCGCCUGCGUGGUCGCUCAGGUGGACCCACGAGCGCGCUCCGUACCUGUCCGCCUGGGCCGCCGCCCAGCCGAUCAUGGCCGAGCCGGCCCCACGGGCCUGCGUGGCGGGGUCGACCGAGAUACCGGUACAGAAGAAG